AUGGGACAUCCUUUUUUGAUGCGUGGGAUGAUCCAUUCCUAUGCCCGAAAGGGUCUUGCUUUUGCCUUUAUUGUCGCCGUGUCUUCAACUGUGUCGUUCAAUGUGUUUUACGUAUGGCCUCGCUAUAGGAAGUACGAAGAGUUCUUUAAGAACUACGAUCCGUAUUUGCGCAUGAAGGAGAUUUGCGCUGAAGGAACCGGGUACAUGCACACAUGUCCCAAGGAUCUAGCGAAGAUGUACGAGGAAAAAGGAAAGAAAAUUGCUCCUCUGUAG